CGGGAGGUCGAAACCAGCGUCGGGGCCGCGAUGCCGCCGGCGAACCGACAGAAGGAGCUCGAGGCGCAGGUCGAGGACCUCCACCGUGAGAUCGAGAACCUCAACAAGCGCACAGCCGCCGACAAGGCGCAGAUGCAAACCGCGAUCGAGAUGGAGAAGCGAUUCCGGGCGCAGGCCGACGCGGAGGCUGCGACUGCUGUGGCCCGCGCCGACGAGCUCCUCGCUGCGACAACGACCUUGCAGCAAGACAAGGACGCGCUCGAGAUGGCACUCGCGACGUCUCAAGCCAACGAACAGCAAACGUUAGAGCAGUACAACGCGGUCUCGAGCCAGCUUCUCGCCGCCCAAGAGCACACGACGCAGCUGGACGCGUACAUCGUCGAGCUCCAAACACACAUCAAAACGCUCGACGAGAGCAUCGAGCGCGGUGGCAUCGCCGAGACAACGUACCAGCUCGAGCUCACGGCGGCCGUCACGCGCGCCAACGAGCUCGAAGCGCAGUGGGCCGAAGCGCAGUCCACGAUGGAUUCGAGCAGCGCUAAUUUGCGCAGCGAGCUGGCCGAGCGCGACGAGCGCCUUGCGUCGUUGCGCGCCGAGCACGAGCAGACGCUGGUCGACGCCAAGGCGCAGUUCGCCGCUGUCGAGGCGUCCGUGGCGUCACUCCAAACUCAAAACAGCGCGCUCAACGCCGAAUUGGAGACAUGGAAGAAGCGCGAUGCGAAAGGGCUUGGCGAGACGCUCCAAGAGCUCCAGAACGAGCUUUUUGAGAAAUCGACGGCGCUCGUCGCGCAGGGCGAGAAGCUUUUGUCGGUCUCGGAGGCGCUGACCAAAUGCAAGACGGCGCUGCUUGUCGCCAAGAAGGACGUGUCAGACGCGCGCGUGCUUCUGCUUCGCGGCAUUGCAGGUCCCAAUGUCGACGUGUCCUUGUACCAGCACGUCCGGCUCGACGAACUCGUGCGGCUUCGCCUCAAGAACGAAGCCGAGUGCCUGAGCCUCCUCGACGAGUCGGAGGCGCCGAGCGAAGUCAACGCCGACUUGGGCUUGAGCAGCUUGAGCAAGCUCGAGCGUGAAAUGCGACUUCUCCGCAGCCGCAACAAGCGACUCGUCGAGCGCUCGUCCGAGCUCGAGAAGGAGCUUCAGGCCGCGGUCGGUGCCAUGGACGACGUCAAGGCGCUAAAGGAGAAAACCGCCGAGCUCGCGGGUCGCCAGCGCACCGAGAAGGAGCUCCGCACCAAGUCGGACGAGGCGCGGGUUGAAGCCAACGAGAAGAUCGUCGCGCUCUCCGAGCACAUUGAGAAGCUCAUGAUCCACCUCAAGCACGAGGCGGCGGCCAAAACCAAGGCGCUCGAGAGCGUCAGGUCGCUUGAGAGCGAGCGGCGCGACCUCGUCGAGAGCGUGACCCAGCUGACCAAGAAGAUGGCAGCCAAAGACAAAACCAUGGGCGAGCUGCAGCAUGGCAGCAAGAUCCUCGAAGACCAACUGCGGCUCAUGGACGAAAAGUACAUUGAGCUACGCAACAAGCUCGAUUGGACGCGAACAACGUCGCAGAAGGAGGUCAAAAAGCUCAGCCAAGAGCUCAACGUACUGCGCUGCAAGUGGCAAAUGGCGCUCGACACGGGUCAGCUCCCGACCGACUCGUAUGUGCUCAAGCCCAUCAAAAAGAUGCAGCUGCUAGCAAGUCCCCACAGCGCCUCGGACUCGAAGCUGCUUGGCUCCAACAACGACGAUGCCCCGCGCAGCACGACGAGUACUACACCGAUCAAGCGGUCCGUCGCCUUUGAAAUACCCAAGCUACCGCAGCCCGACAGCGAAGUCGGGACGCCGUGGUCCGACACCAAGCUCGACGCACUGCAACGCCAGCUGCAGCGAAAAUAAAAA